GUUCGUCGUCGUCGUCGUAGUAGUAGUGUAUGGCGUUUGCGCAUGGGUAUGUGCUGCCGCAGAAGGAGAUGAGCGCCGGCGAGUUCAGGGCGUGGCUGAGGCAGUUCGACUCCGACCACGACGGCCGGCUCACGCUCGACGACUUGCACCGGGCGCUACGUAGUCUGCAUGCAUGGUUUGCAUGGUGGAAGGCACGGCGAGCCAUGAAGCAGGCCGACGUCAACAGAAACGGACUCAUCGAUAUGAUGAAGAGAAGCAAUAGCAAUGGCGACGACGACGACGAGGAGAUGAACAGGCUGAUCUCGUACGCCAACCAGCAUCUCCACAUGAAGAUCUAUCAAUAUGACUCCUCUUCAAGCUGUUAAUUAAUUAAUUAAUUAAGACUACUAUUUGAUUAAUUUAUAUAUUUGCAUGCAGUGCCUCUGUAUAACAUAAUGUCCUUGACUACAUUUGGGUCUUCUGCUUGUUCUAAUUAUUAAUUUAUGGUGGUGUGUUGUAUAUUUUUGAGUGGUAUAUAUGUCUGUAGGUAUAAUUAGU